UCGUCUGAUGUCGAAACAUCGGCGGAGAACAGCCUCAAACAGUUGCAGGCACUCGAAAGCCAGCUGAAUGCGCACCUCCACCAACCAGUCCCUUCGCUAGAUCCCGAGGCAGAUGCCACCGUCGACACCACCACCGCGCCUUCACAGCUUGUCCAGUCGAUAGCUGAACAAUACCAUCUCCAUAAGCAGCAGCAACAACUGUCAGGAAAGCUAGGUUCCGACAUCAGCCCUCACUACCAGCCACAUACGCUCCUCAGCAACCCGCCCUCCCCCGCCGAUGUGACUUUGGAACUGCUCCUUGCUUCAGAAGCCCACCAGGGACACGCAACAUCGCUUUGGAACCCUGCCAACGCGCGAUACAUUCACGGAAUCCGUCAAGGAACUCACAUCAUCUCGCUAGAAGUCACCGCAGCGCAUCUCCGCAGAGCUUCCAAGGUCGUUCAGCAAGUGUGUAGGAAUGCUGGAAUCGUCCUCUUUGUUGGCACCCGCGACGGGCAGGACACUGCCGUCGUUCGAGCCGCUCAACUUGCCAAAGGAUACCAUCUGUUCGAGCGGUGGAUACCCGGGAGCAUCACGAACGGUCAGCAGAUUCUCGGCAAAUGCCGCACCAAGGUCCUCAACCACUUAGACGAAGAGGUGCCUGGAUUCGAGGAGCAACUGUUCGACCGACCGGUGCUUCGUCCGGACCUUGUGGUCUGCUUAAAUCCCUUGGAAAAUUAUGUGUUGCUCCACGAGUGCGCGCUGAACCAAAUCCCCACAAUCGGUGUUAUCGAUACCAAUGCUGAUCCCACAUGGGUGACAUAUCCCAUUCCGGCCAACGAUGACAGUCUCCGAUGCAUCCAGGUGAUUGCCGGCGUUCUUGGCCGUGCCGGUGAGACUGGCCAGAAACAACGUCUGCGACAUGCCGACGAGACUGGCGAAGCAGUUUACCCCCGCGCCUCAGGGUUGACUCUUCCGGAGCAACUGGACGAUGGUACGACUGCACCAUCGGAGGUGCAAUCCGACUCGAAUGACGUUCUAAGUGCAAAAGGCGAUAUCGUCGAUGAACGGGAGUUAGCCGCCAAACUGGAAGAUGCCAACAAUCGUGAUGGCCGUAGGCAUGGGCACAGGAUCAAGGCUUCGUCGUAA